CUUCAUUCGCCUUCUUCCAAAGCCUUUGGGGGAUUUGUUGUCAAAUUGUUAUAUAUAUAUAGUUCUUAAUAGGUUAUCUAGGAGUCGCGACCAUUGGAGUCACUAUAUACGCACUCUGUCAUUCUCUUCGUACUUUUCCUGCUUUGCGGCUUAUCACCUGCCUGAAACUGCAGGUGAUUUUCUCAUUAGCACUAGAACUACCCACUAGCAUCAGUCGUGGCGGAUGGGUCGCAGCCUAAAAUGGGAUAGACCAGCUUAAGUUUAGCAUGUAGGUUCUUCAAAGUCUAAGUUCUGCAUGCCUGGAUGCAUGAUAAGCUUUUGAACUAAUAGCCGAGCAGGUUUCGCAGAUCAGUUGUGCUGAUAUGUGGAAGUUCUGAGGCUUCCUGUGCUGGAGGUUCAAAGUAAUAUCUCUCUGUCCUUGCCACAGUGGUUCAAAUUUUGUACAUUACUGUUUCACCAGCAUCAUGAGAUCACUGGAGAGGCCUGACGAGGCUGCGUUGAUAUCCGCUGCCACUCAAAGAUGGAUCGAAGCUGCUGUGGAUGAGCGUGUUCAGAGAGUCUUGGCAUCCACCAAGAGCCUCUCAGAUUGGGUGGCUACCACAUGCCAGCAAGGUGCAGAAGCUUCACGAAUCACUGCAGCAGCUUUGCAUGAGUCUGAAGAGGCUAGGCGACACUUGGAAGCAGAUGUCCGCCGCCUGGCCGAACAACAAGAGCGCUUUCUGGACAGAAAUCGAGAGAGCGAAUACCGUGAGCUGAAAGAGUUGAAUGAUCGCUGGAAUGAACGCUUCACUUCCAUGGAGCUUCGCCUGAAGAGCAAAGAGUCUUCGGACCAAUCUCGUGAUGAAGAGUUUUCGAGUAUUGUCAGAGAUGUUCAAUCGAUUCAAUUAACCAUGCAGCGCCUUGAGUCGCAAUGGGAGAAAGCCAAUUCAAAAUUCAACAAAUUUGGUUUGGAGGUUGCAUCCACCAGCUCUGCUGCUAGCAUUUGGGAAGGCCAAUGUCGGAGUGCCCAGGCUUUGCUGGAAUCUCGCCUGGAAAGCAUCAGCAAGUCCCUGUCAGAUUUAGAAUCGGGAAGGAAUGAAAGCCUUGAGCGCAUGCGGGAGGAGGAACGCCAGCAUUUGCAAUUCAGAGGUGAUCCUGAGGCCAAAAUGAGACUAGAAAAGGACUUAAAAGAGUCUUGUGAGAAAGUCUUUGUGGCCGUAGAGAAGCGUUGCAAUGAUCUAGCUGACCAGGUUGUUGACAUCAGCAAAGCGCAAGUUGAACUGCAGGAGCUUACUUCUUCUCUCAGUGCCGUGGACCGCCGAUGUGCAGCUGAGGAGAGAGGACAUCGACAGCAGGAUGUGGAGCAACGACGAUCGGUCGAAAAUCUUCAAAGGCGGAUGCAGUCGAUGCAAGUUGCCUUGGAGACCAUUGCAGAGCUGCGCCAAGAGGAUCGUGCACUUUCGGAAGAAAUGAAAAUUGAUCAUGAGCGCUUCCGGCAGAAGCUGGGGGACAAGAUGAGCAGCCUAGAGCUCGGUUUAGGGGAGUCUGUUCGGCUAGAACAGAGGCUUGCAGACAUUGAAGUCUUCUUGAAAAAUUUCGAUCAGGACAUGCAAAGUCAUGUCGAAAGCAGCAUUGAGAAGCGUAUGAAAGUAGUGCUUCAAGAAGUGAAAGGGUUGACCAAAGAUGCCGCCCGAGAGUUGAGAGAAGAGGUUCGAGAGGAUUUUCACAAUUGGGUGACCUCCUGGGACAGUGGCUUUGAAGAUGAGAUGCCAAAUAUCGAGAGAACGCUGAGGGCUCAGCUUGGGCAUCUCAAGAGGCGGUAGACCAGUCUCGGCAGACAAAGAAAAGGGCAGCACGGCAUACCUUCAAUUGCAAGCUUUGCGGAAGGAUUCUCAGUGGAGAACUUUAUAAAGUGGGAGAACCCUUUGUGCAAAGUGCAAGCACGCACAUUCCAGGCAGGCUGCAGAGGUGGCGAAGCUAUUGUGCUCUGCGAAGGCUGUGCGUGGCAUUUGCAAGACUUGGCCACUUUCCAGCGAGCUUCCUGGACCUGAGGCUGCCAAGCAGCUGCUGGAGAUUCAGGCGGAGGAGUGGCGAGCACUUCAUCCAGAUACCAUUAGAGAGCUUGGAUUCUUUAAGGAGCACCUGGAACGG